GAAGAAGGAGGGAAGAAAGAUCGCAGCCGGGGGAAAGGGAGCGGACGGGAGGCGAUUUUUGCCGACUCUGGAUUCGUCCCCGGCGUGCGCGAGAAUGGCGGCCCUUCCCGGCGCGGUACCCAGGAUGAUGCGACCGGCUCCGGGGCAGAACUACCCGCGCACGGGCUUUCCCUUGGAAGUGUCCACCCCGCUUGGCCAAGGCCGGGUCAAUCAGCUUGGCGGGGUCUUCAUCAACGGGCGACCCCUGCCUAACCACAUCCGCCACAAGAUUGUGGAGAUGGCCCAUCAUGGCAUCCGGCCCUGUGUCAUCUCCCGCCAGCUGCGGGUCUCCCAUGGCUGUGUCUCCAAGAUUCUCUGCCGCUACCAGGAGACUGGGUCCAUCAGGCCUGGGGCCAUCGGCGGCAGCAAGCCCAGACAGGUGGCGACUCCGGAUGUGGAGAAAAAGAUUGAGGAGUACAAGAGGGAAAACCCAGGCAUGUUCAGCUGGGAGAUCCGGGACCGGCUGCUGAAGGACGGGCACUGCGACCGCAGCACGGUGCCCUCAGGUUUAGUGAGUUCGAUUAGCCGCGUGCUCAGAAUCAAGUUCGGGAAGAAAGAGGAGGAGGACGAAGGGGACAAAAAAGAGGACGAUGGCGAGAAGAAGGCCAAACACAGUAUCGACGGCAUUCUGGGCGACAAAGGGAACCGGCUGGACGAGGGCUCCGACGUGGAGUCGGAACCCGACCUCCCUCUGAAGCGCAAGCAGCGCCGCAGCCGGACCACGUUCACGGCCGAGCAGCUGGAGGAGCUAGAGAAGGCCUUCGAGAGGACCCACUACCCCGACAUCUACACCCGCGAGGAGCUGGCCCAGAGGACCAAGCUGACCGAGGCCCGCGUGCAGGUCUGGUUCAGUAACCGCCGCGCCCGUUGGCGGAAGCAGGCAGGAGCCAACCAGCUGGCAGCCUUCAACCACCUCCUGCCAGGGGGCUUCCCGCCCACGGGCAUGCCCACGCUGCCCCCGUACCAGCUGCCGGACUCCACCUACCCCACCACCACCAUCUCCCAAGAUGGGGGCAGCACCGUGCACCGGCCCCAGCCCCUCCCGCCGUCCACCAUGCACCAGGGUGGGCUGGCCGCAGCCGCUGCCGCAGACACCAGCUCUGCCUACGGAGCCCGCCACAGCUUCUCCAGCUACUCCGACAGCUUCAUGAACCCGGGGGCCCCCUCCAACCACAUGAACCCCGUCAGCAACGGCCUGUCUCCUCAGGUGAUGAGCAUCCUGAGCAGCCCCAGCGCCGUGCCCCCGCAGCCGCAGGCCGACUUCUCCAUCUCCCCGCUGCACGGCGGCCUGGACUCGGCCUCCUCCAUCUCGGCCAGCUGCAGCCAGAGGGCCGACGCCAUCAAGCCUGGAGACAGCCUGCCCACCUCCCAGUCCUACUGCCCGCCCACCUACAGCACCACCGGCUACAGCGUGGACCCCGUGGCCGGCUACCAGUACGGCCAGUACGGCCAGACUGCUGUUGAUUACCUGGCCAAAAACGUGAGCCUGUCCACCCAGCGUCGCAUGAAGCUCGGGGAGCACUCCGCGGUGCUGGGACUCCUGCCGGUGGAGACUGGCCAGGCCUACUAGGCUCCUGGGGCGACUGGCCCCAGCCCGAGGCCCAGCCCACCCCCUCCUGACCCCUGAGCCUCCGCCUCAGUCCCCCUCAUCCCCCUGGGGCCACGGGAGACCAGGAGGGGAGC